AGUUCCUGAACGGAACAUCAUAGUCUAGUAUUUCAUUCUGCACUGCAUAAGGAUUUUAAUGUACAUCUAUUUUAGAUAUUAUUCGUUUAAAUUAUUCUUAUUUUGCAGCUGAGGUGUGAUCCUCCACCAGCAUGUCAGAUAGUGAAGAUAGCAACUUCUCAGGAAAUGAGAGCGAUGGUGGUGAUGAUAAGCAUGGUUCUGAUGAUGGAGAAACUAGCAACAAAAAUGAUAAUAGUGACCAUGAAAGUGACAAAGAAGGCAGUGAUAAGGCAGCUGACAGUGAUGACGAGGAACCAGGCAAUUCAAGAAGGAAGAAUGUGGAUGAUGAAGCAGAGGAAAGUGAUGGAGAUGGAGAGAAGGAUGGUGAUGAAGAGGAACCUGAGGGUGAAGAUCUAAUUGAUGAUGAAGAUGAAUAUGAUGAAGAAGAAGAUGAAGAAGAAGAAACUCGAGUCAGGAAAAAGAAGAGAAAGGGUGCUCUUGGAUUCAUUAUCGAUGAGGCCGAUGUUGACGAUGAGGAUGAUGAAGAUGAUGGAGAAUGGGAAGACGGUGCAGAGGAAAUUAUUGAUAGAAAGUCUACUUAUGAUGCCUCAGAGCGGGAGAUUGAGAGCCACCAAAGGCUUAGGCACAUAUGGGAGAGUCAAAGAGAAGAUGAAAUUGAACAGUACUACAGACAAAAGUUCGGCAAUGUUACCACUGCUGAACGAUAUGGUGAAGGAGAGGAAAUGUCUGAUGAAAUUACACAGCAAGGUAGAUUGCCUGGUGUCAAGGACCCUAACUUGUGGGUUGUCAAGUGCAGGAUGGGGGAAGAGAAGUCUACAGUUGUUCACCUGCUGAGAAAAAUGAUUGCAUUUCAGUUUACUGAAGAACCUCUCCAAAUUAAAUCAGUAGUUGCAAAAGAAGGUCUGAAAGGUUAUAUCUACAUAGAAGCCUAUAAACAAACUCAUGUCAAGCAAGCUAUACAAGGAAUAGGCAACCUUCGAAUGGGUUUCUACAAACAGGAGAUGGUGCCGAUUCGUGAGAUGACAGAUGUCUUAAAAGUCGUUAAAGAGACAGCCAGUCUUAAACCUAAAGCCUGGGUGCGACUCAAGAGAGGUAUUUACAAGGAUGAUUUGGCUCAGGUGGACUUUGUCAAUUCAUCUCAAAAUGAAGUAGAAUUGAAGCUUAUUCCAAGAAUUGAUUACACCAAACCAAGAGGUAUAAUGAGAAAUUCAUCCAAUCAAGAUAACAAAAAGCGUAAAAGACGACCUGUACAGAAACUUUUUGAUGUUGAUGCUAUAAGGAGCAUAGGAGGGGAAGUAACUUCUGAUGGUGACUUCUUGAUGUUUGAGGGUAAUAGAUACAACAGGAAAGGAUUUCUGUUCAAAAUUUUUGCCAUGUCAGCAAUUGUUGCAGAGGGUAUCAAACCUACUUUGGCUGAGCUAGAGAAGUUUGAAGAUCAACCUGAAGGGAUGCAAGUGGAAUUGAUCCCUGAGAAGCAGGAAAGUGAGAUCGCCCACACUAUGGCACCUGGAGACAUUGUGGUUGUGGCAGAGGGGGAGUUGCAGCACCUUCAGGGUAAAGUUAUCAAAGUUGAUGGCAACAAGAUAACCAUUCUACCCAAGCAUGAAGAUCUUAAGGACCCUCUGGAGUUUCCCUACAAUGAGCUGAAAAAGUUUUUCAAAAUGGGCGACCAUGUAAAAGUUAUAUCUGGACGCUAUGAAGGUGACACGGGCCUCAUAGUGCGAGUUGAAGAAAAUAUGAUAGUUUUGUUCUCAGAUCUUACAAUGCAUGAGUUGAAAGUGUUACCAAAGGAUAUUCAGCUGUGUGCAGAUAUGGCAACAGGGGUUGAUUCCCUUGGCCAGUAUCAAUUUGGUGACCUAGUAAUGUUGGACGCACAAACUGUUGGUGCCAUUGUUCGUUUGGAGAAAGAAAACUUCCAAGUCCUGAGCAUGCACAACAAGGUUGUGAAUGUGAAACCGCAGUCUAUUACAAGAAAGAAAGACACCAGAAAUGCUGUAUCAUUGGAUUCUGAAAAUAACAAUGUUCAAGUUCGAGACAUAGUCAAUGUCAUUGAGGGACCACACUCGGGUAGAAGUGGAGAAAUCAAGCAUUUGUAUAGAAAUUUUGCAUUCCUAAAUUCUCGACUUAUGACAGAAAAUGGAGGCUAUUUUGUAUGUAGAACUAGGCACUUGACUCUAGCAGGUGGAGGAAAGCAAAACACAACCCAGGCCUUUAACAGUUUUGCGCCUAUGUCUCCAAGAAUUUCAAGCCCUGCCCAUCCAAGUGGGGGUGGGGGUGAAAGAGGCAGAGGAAGAGGUGGUGGAGCUGGAGUGGGUAGGGGAGGUUUGUCAAAGAGAGACAGAGAAAUCAUUGGUCAAACAGUGCGCAUUAUUCAAGGUCCAUUUAAAGGUUAUAUUGGUAUUGUAAAGGAUGCAACAGAGACCACCGCACGUAUUGAGCUACAUUCAAGCUGUAAAACUAUUUCUGUCGACCGAAGUCGUCUUUCAAACCUUACCGGGGCCAAACCAACAGGCGGCCAGACAUCAACAUAUGGUGGCCGUACUCCCAGCUAUGGUGGCCAGACACCAAUGUAUGGCUCACGUACUCCUAUGUAUGGGUCACAAACACCACUGCAUGAUGGAUCUCGUACACCACAUUAUGGAGGGGCCACACCAUCCCAUGAAUCUGGCGGGAGAACACCUAGUGGAGGAGGUGGAAGUGCUUGGGAUCCCUCGAACGCCAACACGCCUUCCAGAAACAAUGACUUUGACUACAAUUACGAUGACUCUCCCUCACCUGCUGACUUUGGGGCCACCCCUAACCCUGUCACACCUGGUUACCAUCCUGACUCACCCAUGGGUCCAUACACACCACAGACCCCUGGUAGUGCUUAUUCUCCCUACCCUGUUCCAUCUCCUGGUGGAUUUGAAGCACAAAGCCCAGGCUUUGUGGGAACUCCAAGUCCUGCCACUCAGUCUAGCCCUAGCCCAGCAAGCUUUGCUGGUAGCCCUGGAUACAGUCCCAUGACUCCCGGAGCCCCAUUCACACCACAGACGCCUGGGGGUGUCAUGGAAACAAGCUUGACUGAUUGGUACACAACUGAUAUUUUGGUGAAAAUAAAACCCACUCACGAAAACAAUAAACUUAUUUAUCAAACAGGAGUUAUCAAGAGCAUUUCUGGUGGAAUGUGUGCUCUGUAUCUUAUUGAUGAAGAGAAAACUGUAAAUAUAACAUGUGAACAUUUGGAACCAGUUCCUCCAGAAAAAGGUGACAAGGCCAAGAUUAUUGCUGGAGAUGAUAGGGAAGCUACUGGAUCACUAAUGAGUGUAGAUGGCGAUGACGGAGUCUUUAAGUUUGACAGCAAAGAAGGCGACUCAAAGAUUCUUAUGUUACCCAUACAUUACUUGUGUAAAAUGGAUAGUUAAAUUUAUAACAAUGUUUUUUUAUGCUUUAUUUUAAAUUACUGUUAUUAAUUAGCCCAAGAAUUUUUGGACUCUUGAAUGUUUGUUUUGCCACAUCGUCACCAUAAAAUAAUCAUUAUCAUAAACAGUGUACAAAGCAUGUAAGAUGAUGAGAAAAAAAAUGAUUUUUUUGCAUUGUUUGGAGAUUUUACUAAAGCUUCCUGAACUCUAGUGUUGAGCACACUGUACAAAGGUCAGCUCGUUACUCUAUUUGUCAUUUAAAACUUUCUUCAAAGUUUUGACUUUUUGGUCUCUAGUAAUGUCUUUAUUUGUUGGUCUAUAAAUAUAAUUUUAUGCUGACUAAAAUAACUUACUGCAGUUUUUUGAGCAUACCAAAUCAACUAAAUGGUUAACUAUUUUCUAACCUAAACAUUACACCACAAUAAUAAUGAAUAAACAUUUCUGGGAUUUAAAGGUCUCUCACAGCAACACAGGUUUAUUGUGCAUCCCAUUAUUUUCUCAGUAUGUCUCAAAGUAACUUACAUUUCCAUUGUUGUGCCAUUAGCUUACUUACUGUAACACCUACUGUUUGUGAAAUGCUAUUUUUCAUGUGAUUUGAUAAUUGUGUUUCCUAAUAGUUCAGUGAUCAAAUUGUCCUUAUUUCUUUUUUAAAAGUUGAGAUAGUAGGAUUUGCUUAGUGGUCUGAAAUUGUAAAUGUCCAGGGUAGUAGUAGUGAAGGCAUCAGAACUAAGGAAAUCAUUAACUGUUGUUUGAAACUAAAUGAAGACUAG